AAACUCCACAGGUGUGGGCGACAGCUAAUGCUGACAUAGCUAUAACGUAGUCAGGUGUUAAAUUAAAAAGUCCUUCUGACUAUCAUAUAAUUUCCCCCAUUGCCCACAAACCACUUCCUUUUCUACCCAAGAAUUCUUCCCCAUCUCCACAGCAGACAGAAGGCUGGUGCCUGUGUGUCAGGCAAGCAUGAAGUCGAUCGCUGUAACGCUCUGUCUCCUCUGCUUUCAGUUUGGAGCCCUGUAUGGAGCUGAUACCUGCUCAUCAAGACCAUGCAAAAAUAUAGAUCAGCUGCAUGUCUCUGACCCCCAGGUGAUGGUGGAAUUUAAGAGUGGAAACUUUAAGUUCAUAUUCCACAACCCCAAAAAUGUGAGUGAGUUCAGCAUGACCCUCUUCAAAGGGCACGAAAAGAAGGAGAUCUGUGCUCUCCAUGUGAGCAAGGAGAAAGCUAUCCCCAAGAGUAACGUCACCUACUGUCAGGCAGAGCAUUCAAAUACCAGCACCACUUUCAUACUAACAAAUCUGGAAAGAAAGCACAUCGACACUUAUACCUACUGCCUGGAGAUGUUCUUACCCCCUCCUUACAUAGAUUGCCUCCUGAAAGAAACCUAUUUGUACAUCCAGGAUAAGGAAGACUGCAUUUCGCUGGGAAUCAUGUCAUGGGUAACUAUUGGCCUGAUUGUGUUUGCCAUGAUUUCCUGUGUCUGCUGUGUAGCAGCCUGUCGCUUAAGGAACAAGAAUCAGCAGUGUGAAUCCAACUCCCAUGAGUACAACAGUGAAUACAUGCCCAUGGCAGCAGUGAAUGCAGCAAAAAAAACAAGGAUCUGAGGUUUAAGUUGCUUGUGGCAUAGACAUUCUGGCAGUGGAAGUUUCCAGCUACUUCAACCUGGGCAACGGGAAAAUCCUGGACAAUGGGAAAUGAACAUUUCCUCACCUUCUGCCUCCCUGAGCACUCAGGAUGGUCCUGUACUCAAUCAUGAGACACCCGCUCUACCACUGCUCUAAGCUCUGUUUUGCUCUAGCCUUGUGUGUUAACUGACACACUGCCUGAUCCACUGACUUGUACACGAAAUGCUAACAAUGUGUUAAAGAUGUCAGCUUUUAGUUGAAGAAAAUGUAGGGUUUGCUUGAGAGUAGAUUCUUGCAGUGGUGCUACAGAGGCAACUUCUUUCUACAGUUUCCUUUAUGGUAACUUUCCACUGGGUACAAAA